AUAUUAGGAAUUGCACGGUCGUAUACGGUUUUUGAUUUAUUUACGCUGCAUUUAGAGUCUGGGACUUUUUGCAUAAAAUAAACAUAAAAAGACGCAGUUAAAAUGGUAUGUUAUCUCUGUUUGGAAAAAAAGGACGAACAGUUGCCUAUAUUUGAGAACGAAACAGAGAUGGAAUGGAGUAUUGCAGAAAUGAUUGAAAAGUAUUUAAAUGUCAAGCCUAUUCAAAUGGAAAACGGAAGAUGUGAGAUGUGUGUUCCAUGCUGGCAAAAACUUAUAGAUUUUCAUGAAUAUUAUCAAAAUAUCCAGGCUUUGGAAGAAAGUCGUGUGCUAUUGGUGGAGGGUGCUAGAAAUUUGGAUGAGUAUACUUCGAACAUCAUAAAAGAGGAAUGUGUAGAUGUAUCGCCAUAUUCCAAUACCAUUAGCGACGCAUUUGAAACAGAAGAUCCAUUUCUUGACCUCGAAGAUGAGGAAUAUAAGCCCUCAAACGCAAAAACCAGGAAAAGAAAAAGUCGAAAAAGAUCUAGUACGUUAAACUCUAAUGAGGAGGAAAUGGAAACGCCUUUAAAUGAUAUUAAAAAUGAAGUAGACGUUAAUACAUUUACUACUGCGAAAACUGGAGGCGCACUUAAUAAGGGUGCGGAAACAAAACGUAGAAAAGGUCGUGUACUGCUGGAAGAAAAUGAAGAACUCAUCAAAAAGCAUAUACAAAUGCUAUGCCAAAUAUGCACACAUUCUAGCAAUGAAUUUCAGGAUUUAAUGAAACAUUACAAGGAAGAACAUCCAGAAGUCAAACCUCACAUAAAGUGUUGCGAACGAAAACUUGAAUGCCCCUCCGAUAUUUUGCAACAUGCAUACUACCACGAAAAUCCAGAACAUUUUAAAUGUAAUGAAUGUGGGAGGACAUUUAUCAAUAAGUCAGCUUUGAGAGAUCAUUAUAAGCAAUAUCAUGAACCUGAAGAAAAUUUGCCUUUCGCCUGUGAUGUAUGUCCAAGAAGAUUUUGUCGCAAGAACCUGCUGGAACAUCAUAAAUCAAAACAUGUUCCUGUUAAAGAACGAUCACAUUACUGUGAAAUUUGUAAUCCACCAAGGACAUUUGCUAAUGAGUAUACUUUACAAGUUCAUAUAAAGAAUCGCCACACUAAAGCUACCAAUAUAUGUCAUGUUUGCGCCAAGGAAAUACGCGAUAAGCAAGCCUUCGAAAAGCAUGUACGUCAGCAUUUCGAAACGAGUGGACCACGCAUCAAGUGCCCGCGAGAGGAUUGUGAUAGUUGGUUGAAAGAUCAUGAUAGUGUUAAGCAACAUCUAAAGCGUACCCACAAUGCUACAGGUCAAUGCGAAUGUCCACACUGUGGACGUAUAUGUAAAAGUAAGCACGCACUGACAAGUCAUGUCAAAUAUAUACAUACAGAUAAGAAUUUUACAUGCGAAGAAUGUCAAAAGAAUUUUAAAAGUCAAAUUACACUUAAGGAACAUAUGGCCGGACAUACUGGAGAACCUCUGUAUAAUUGUCCAUUUUGCACAAGAACAUUUAAUUCCAAAGCUAAUAUGUACUCCCACAAAAAAAAGUUGCAUCCUGUUGAAUGGGAAAAUUGGAAACGCUCGAAAAUAACGGGAAAGAAAUAACUCAAAAAAAAAAAACUAAAACUCCUAAAAGAUAUAAAUAAAAUCUGAACGAAAGUUCGAUUUACGUUAAUAAUAA